UUUCUGCUGAUCAGGAUUGCAGGGAGAAGAAGCUGCGUUCCCCUUCUCUCUACUCAGUUUCCUGCAUGACUUCAGCUAUUGGCUAGUCCUAGGAAGGAAAGUGGGAAAAGCUUUUUCCUGUGUAUUCUUUUGGGCUGGAUAGUUUUCCAGGACUCCAGUCUCUCUUGGGCUGUGUGACAAGCCACUGGGUUCUUCAAAGGAUAAGCUACUUCCAUAAAGGACAUACCCUUGGUUAAACGGGCUGCCGUCAGGUGGGAAUGAGAUCCCGAAACCAAGGUAUUGAGAGUUCAUCCAACGGGCAUAUCUCCUGCCCCAAGUCCUCCAUCAUUAGCAAUGCAGAAGAAAAAAAUCUCUCAGAAGACGCAAAAAAGAAGAACAAAUCAAAUAAGAAAGAGGAUGAUGUCAUGCCCUCAGGAACUGUCAAACGACACCUCAAGCCAUCUGGAGAAAGAGAAGAAAAGAAUAAGAAAACCUUGGAAUUGUCCAAAGAAGACCUUCUCCAGCUACUCAGUAUAAUGGAAGGGGAGUUGCAGGCCAGAGAAGAUGUGAUCCACAUGCUGAAGACAGAGAAAACCAAACCGGAGGUUUUGGAGGCUCAUUACGGCUCAGCGGAGCCAGAGAAAGUGCUUCGAGUCUUGCAUCGAGAUGCCCUUCUUGCCCAGGAGAAAUCUAUAGGAGAAGAUGUCUAUGAAAAACCUAUUUCAGAGCUGGACAGACUGGAGGAAAAACAGAAAGAAACCUACCGGCGUAUGCUAGAGCAGCUGUUGCUGGCAGAGAAAUGUCAUAGGCGUACCGUGUACGAGCUGGAGAACGAGAAGCAUAAACACACAGACUACAUGAACAAGAGCGACGACUUCACCAACCUGCUGGAGCAGGAGCGGGAGAGAUUGAAAAAGCUCCUUGAACAAGAAAAAGCUUAUCAAGCCCGCAAGGAAAAGGAAAAUGCUAAGCGACUCAAUAAACUAAGAGAUGAGCUUGUGAAACUCAAGUCUUUUGCACUCAUGCUGGUAGAUGAAAGACAAAUGCAUAUUGAGCAACUUGGCCUGCAAAGCCAGAAAGUGCAGGAUCUGACUCAGAAACUAAGGGAAGAAGAAGAAAAGCUCAGAGCCAUUACUUCCAAAUCCAAAGAAGACAGGCAAAAACUGCAUAAGUUAGAGGUAGAUUUUGAACACAAGGCUUCAAGGUUUUCCCAAGAGCAUGAGGAGAUGAAUGCAAAAUUAGCUAAUCAAGAGUCUCAUAACAGGCAACUUAGACUUAAACUGGUGGGUUUAACUCAGAGGAUCGAGGAGCUAGAAGAGACCAACAAAAAUCUUCAAAAAGCAGAGGAAGAACUUCAGGAAUUAAGAGAUAAAAUUGCCAAAGGGGAAUGCGGCAAUUCCAGUCUCAUGGCAGAAGUGGAAAAUCUUCGGAAGCGUGUGCUUGAAAUGGAGGGUAAAGAUGAGGAGAUCACGAAAACCGAAUCCCAGUGCAGAGAACUCAGGAAGAAGCUGCAGGAAGAGGAGCACCAUAGUCGUGAACUCAAACUUGAAGUUGAGAAGCUACAGAAGAGAAUGUCUGAAUUGGAGAAGUUGGAAGAAGCUUUCAGCAAGAGUAAAUACGAAUGUAAUCAGCUUCAUCUGAAUCUGGAGAAAGAGAAAAACUUAACCAAAGACCUGCUGAAUGAGUUAGAGGUGAUCAAGAGUCGUGUUAAAGAACUAGAAUGUUCUGAAAGUAGAUUGGAAAAGGCCGAAUUAACUCUAAGAGAUGAUCUUACAAAGUUGAAGUCAUUUACUGUGAUGUUGGUUGAUGAAAGGAAAAAUAUGAUGGAAAAAAUAAAGCAAGAAGAAAGAAAAGUCGAUGGUCUCAAUAAAAAUUUCAAGGUGGAGCAAGGGAAGGUUAUGGAUGUAACUGAAAAAUUAAUUGAAGAAAGUAAGAAGUUUUUAAAGCUGAAAUCAGAAAUGGAAGAAAAGGUAUACAACUUGACAAAAGAGAGAGAUGAGUUAAUAGGCAAGCUGAAAAAUGAAGAAGAAAAAUCCUCUGAAUUAAGCUGCAGUGUUAACGUUCUAAAGAAGAGACUGGAUGGGAUAGAGGAGGUGGAGAGAGAGAGAACAAGAGGAAGGUCUCGGAAAGGAUCAGAGUUCACCUGUCCAGAAGAUAACAAGAUUAAGGAGCUAACCCUUGAAAUAGAGAGACUGAAGAAACGUCUCCAGCAACUGGAGGUGGUUGAAGGGGAUUUGAUGAAGACAGAGGAUGAGUAUGACCAGCUAGAGCAGAAAUUUAGAACAGAGCAGGAUAAGGCUAACUUCCUCUCUCAACAGCUGGAAGAGAUAAAGCACCAAAUCGCCAAGAACAAAGCAAUAGAGAAAGGGGAGGCUGUGAGCCAGGAAGCCGAGUUGAGACACAGAUUUCGGUUAGAAGAAGCUAAAAGUCGAGACCUAAAAGCCGAAGUGCAAGCCCUGAAAGAGAAGAUUCAUGAAUUAAUGAACAAAGAGGAUCAGCUUUCUCAGCUUCAAGUGGAUUAUUCUGUUCUUCAACAGAGAUUUAUGGAAGAAGAAAAUAAGAACAAAAAUAUGGGACAGGAGGUCCUCAAUCUGACCAAAGAGCUGGAACUUUCUAAGCGUUAUAGCCGAGCUCUUCGACCCAGCAUGAAUGGGAGAAGAAUGGUGGAUAUUCCUGUGACAUCCACUGGGGUCCAAACUGAUGUGAGCAGUGAGGCAGCAGAGGAAGAGACACCAGCAGUCUUUAUACGAAAAUCCUUCCAAGAAGAAAAUCAUAUCAUGAGUAAUCUUCGGCAGGUGGGGCUGAAGAAGCCCAUGGAAAGAUCUUCUGUUCUAGACAGGUACCCUCCAGCAGCAAAUGAACUCACCAUGAGAAAGUCCUGGAUUCCAUGGAUGAGAAAAAGGGAAAAUGGCCCAGCAAUUACUCAAGAGAAGGGACCCCGAACAAAUUCCAGUUCAGGGCACCCAGGAGAGCUGGUCCUUUCACCCAAGCAGGGCCAGCCCUUACAUAUUCGAGUGACCCCAGACCAUGAGAACAGCACUGCCACCCUGGAGAUAACUAGCCCAACCUCAGAAGAGUUUUUUUCUAGUACCACUGUCAUUCCUACCUUAGGGAAUCAGAAACCAAGGAUAACCAUUAUCCCAUCACCAAAUGUUAUGUCUCAAAAAUCAAAAAGUGGAGACAAUACUCUGGGUACGGAACGAGCCAUGUCGCCAGUCACAAUCACUACAUUUUCCCGAGAAAAGACCCCAGAAGGUGGAAGAGGUGCGUUUGCAGACAGACCCACAUCCCCCAUUCAGAUAAUGACUGUGUCCACAUCUGCAGCGCCAGCUGAGAUGGCUGUCUCCCCUGAGUCCCAGGAAAUGCCCAUGGGAAGGACUGUCUUCAAAGUCACCCCAGAAAAACAGACUGUCCCAACUCCAGUUCGAAAAUACAACUCCAAUGCCAACAUCAUCACCACGGAAGACAAUAAAAUUCACAUUCACUUAGGUUCUCAGUUUAAGCGAUCCCCGGGGACCUCAGCUGACGGAGCAAGUCCAGUUAUUACUGUCCGACCUGUCAGCGUGACAGCUGAAAAGGAGGUUUCCACUGGCACCGUCCUUCGCUCUCCCAGGAAUCCUCUUUCCUCACGACCUGGUGCUAGCAAAGUGACGAGUACUAUCACUAUCACGCCGGUCACAACCUCAUCCUCCAGAGGAACCCAGUCAGUGUCAGGACAAGACGGGUCAUCCCAGCGGCCUACACCCACCCGCAUUCCUAUGUCAAAAGGUAUGAAAGCAGGAAAGCCAGUAGUGGCAGCCCCAGGAGCAGGAAAUCUGACCAAACUCGAGCCUCGAGCUGAGACUCAGUCUAUGAAAAUAGAGCUGAAGAAAUCUGCAGCCCGCAGCGCUCCCUCUCUCGGAGGGGGGAAGGGCUGAGGGCAGUGGCGGAGGGGGUAUGUUGUGCCCAUGCUACUGCUGCCCUGGAAAGAGCCUUCACCUGUUUGUGCCAACUCUCCGCACCUACUAAUUUAAGAUUCCAGCAUCUUGUUCAUAAAAUAAUCAACUGAUAGCUAAUGUGUCUUCUCUCUUUUGUGAUGUGUAUUAAUGCCAGCGAACAGCAAAAACAAAAUACUGUUUGCCUGCGCUUUGCCGAGAGUGCUGGGGCUGAGGCAGGGUCUGGCUGUAAGGGCCAGUUUUGCUUCUAGAAAGAGACCCCAUCAGUUAAUCCAUGUGAGCUUCAGUGUCGUCUUCUGUAAGAUGUGGGGUUGGAUCAAAUCCUCUCCAUAUUAACUAGUUGGAAGUCAAAUUCAGUACACUGGUUCGACAAUAAUCAACUUUUCAGAAAUUCUGUGAUGCACUCAGAAGUAAUUUAACAAUUGUCUUUUGCCUCUAUUGAAUCCUGAAUUUGCUUCCUGUGCUGGGAAAAUAUAUUCCUAGCUAUUAUCAGGCCUGGAUUUCUGAUAUUUGGGGGGGAAAAGCCUUUAAGAUGAUUUUAGGAUAUCAUUUGAAUGUGAAAUAAAAUGGAAACAAAAUAUGAAAUCCUAAAAACAGAGUUCUACUUAUUUGUGUGUUUGUGUAUACUGUAGAAGUUUUGGACGUCUCCAAAACAAUCCUAGAUUUUCAGAUGAUAAUUUUAGAACCACUAGUGUCAGACUCAUGCCCUAUUCACGUGUGAAAUUGAUUUAAAUCGUGGAGCUGCCAGAUGAUACUUUCUAGCUCAAUGUAUAUUACAAUCAAUAGAAAAUAGAAGAAAGUAUAUGCUGAUAUAUUCAAGCAAAAAAGAAUGACAUCAUACAUAGCUUAACUGAAUUCAAAUAUAAUUUCCUCAUUUAAGUGUGUACUUUACUUGCAAAUCUUGAACCAGUUCAUAAUUUUGGAUGUGUGUAUACAUGGUAUGUGUGUAUGUAUGUGUGUGUGUGUGUGUGUGUUGCAGUGGAUAAUUCUUUAUGUCAGUUUUACUUGUGCUUUUUUUAAUAAGUAAUUUUUUGUAUAUUUUAAGCAUGUUCUAAUAAGCAUGAAACAGUACCUGAAUGCAAAGUGCCAGGUGUCUUUGUUGGAAGUUUAACCAUGAUGACAUGAAUAUUGUGCUUCCUAGUCAAAUCAUCACAAAUGAGCUCAUGGCUAGUGAUCCACAAUUAGCAUGCGAGGUAGGUCUCACAUAGGCAGCAACUCUAGAACAUUUUUAGUAGCUGGGCAAAUUUAUAAAAGUAAAAUAAUUUUAAAGUCACAGGUUAUUAUUUUAUUUCUGAAUUGUGAGAGUACCAAAGUUAUUGGAUAAUACCUACUCUUGAUAUUUGAGGAAAGACAGUAUGUUUUUUUUAAAAGAUGUAUCUUUAGUUUUUAGCUCAUGAAUCAUCUCAUAUCAUGGUACUCUUCUCUGAGUUUUUUUCCCUGCCAGAUUUCCUAUCCAUCCCAGAAUCUGAACUUGGACUCGAAUUGUAUUACGGUGGUAGAGGCCACACUAUUCACAUUCAUUCCCAUGACACCUCUGCUACAGAGGGGCUCAUCUGUUCUCAGCACAUGUAUUAAAAAAUACUGACUAUAGUAGGUGUGCCAUAAUAGGAUUUCAAAGUAGAAGAGGUUAGAAAAAAAUAUUGAAGAACCAUGAAUCUGAAGUUUAUACAAGACAUCCUACAGUUUGAAUACCAACUUAUUUUUUUCAAAGGGAAUUUUUUUCCCAUUUGUAAAGUGGACAUCCUUUCUUUUACAAAAAUGGGUGGGGGGUGACAUUCAGUGCCACCUCCCCCAUAUUUAGAGUAAUAUACUAUACCACAACAUAAUAUUUAAGCAUAUGAAAGUGUCAAAGGUGACUUAUUUUAUUUUCUAAUCUUACUAUUGGUGCUGCAGUCUUUGUUUUUACCUGCUCCUGAUAUUCACAUCAGGGGUUCUGCCUGCAAGUUCAUACAUAAUCACAGUGGAUGCUCUGAAAGCUUUACCAGCGUAUGUACAAGAUGUUUAUACAUCUGGAUCUUGGAACAAGGCCACCUCCAAAGUACAACUAUUAAGAAAACUUGGCAGAACAGCACAUACUCACAUCAAAAAUGAGAAAGAGCAACCAUCAUGGCAGUUUUACUUUGAAACUUUAGAACCAUCUCUACAUUAACUGGCUAGCUUUGUUUUAAAGGACUUAUUAGAAGUGAAAUCCCCUGGGGAUAGGAGAUGGGGGGGGGGGGUAAAGAGGAUUAAAUGCCCUCGAACUGCAGCUUCCAUUUGUGAAUGUAGAAUGUUUUAAAGAUGAAGUUUAAUGUGCUUUCAUAAGAGUGAAUAGGAUUAAGAGAAACCUCUUCAUUUGAACCUCUUAAAACCUCUUUUCUCUGUCCCAGAACCUAUUGUGUGGUGAAGCAACCCAUCCUAGAGAAUUCCCCUAAGGCAGGGUGGGUGCAUUUGACACCCUGUCGCCACACCCCCCUCUCCCCACACACACUUGGGGACCUGCAUCAGCCUGCAGAGCUACAAAGGAGGAGUCUCUCCUCUUCAGAGGUACUUUCACUGUGACCAUCACAGCACACUGUUACUUAGGUGGUUACUUAGCAGACAGGGUACCCCGAAAGUUCCUGCAAGGGAUCUGGCCCUAAGGCUAUUGAUCAUUUAUUGAAAACGAUUUUCUUUGGGUAGAUCAUCUGCUUAAACAGGGAUGUUUAGUUUCUUCCGGUUUUUUUUUUUAAUUACAAAUAAAAUGCAACACACUUAUUCUUAUGCCCUUUUCCUUGUCUCCACACCCUCCACUUGCUUCCUCUUAGGUAACCUGAGUUCUGUGGACAAUGUGCACAGCUUUUUUUUUUUUAAUUUCCUUUUGUCUGUUCAUCAAUUUUACAUCUGUAUAUUGUCCCUAUGAGUGAGACCUUCCAGUCCUUGUCUUUUCCCCCUCUGUUUUGUUCGUUGGAUUUGUUUGUGGUGCUUCAGUUCAAACCCAUGUCUCAGACGUGCAGAGCAUUCGCUCUACCACUGAGCUACACACAGGCCUGGCCUGCGUUUCUUCUGACUUUGGUUUCCGUUUAAUCCCCUUGAGCUCCUUCCAUUUUGCUGUAACGGAAAAUUUCCACUUUUCUUUCCUUAGCUGAAUAGUAUUUAUUCUACUGUGUAACUGUAUCACAUCUUCUUUAUGCAAUCUAUUGAUGAGACCUUUGUAUGCUUCCAUAUUUUUUUGCGAUUGUAAAUAAUGCUGCAAUAAACAUUGA